GGAGUGGCUUAACUUUCCACUCUGGCUCUCCCUGUUUGCCUUUUAGCCACUGCUGCUCAGCCUGUCCUGGUAUUGUACCUGUCCAGGUAGAAGUUCACAGAAACUCCCCCCAGAAAGAAAGACAUUUGCUCAUGAAGUCUCUUCCUCAAGAGGACCUCUGUUGCUAGGGUGGUCUUUGGUUGCUAGGGCCCCAUGAGCCCUCCCAAGCCAUCCGACACACAUGUGCUUCAGUAGUUGAAGAAGUUGUCCCUCAACCUCUAACCACCGAGGUUGCCAUGGCGAUGGCGGCCGAAGCAUCCGCCCCGCCCAUCUCCCCGUCGGACGAGCUCAUGAUGGAGGCGGCCGCUCCUCCUUCGCAGCCUCCGCCUCAGGCUUCCUCUCGUCUUCCCCCUGCUGCUCCCAGCGUCCCGCCUCCUCUCCCCUUUCCCUCCCUUCCCGACGACCUGUGCGGCGCCUGCGGCCAGCGCCACCUCCAGGAGGAGAACCACGAGUACAUGUACAAGGAGGAGGUGGACGACGACCUCAUGUGCAACAUCUGCCUUCAGCCGCUGAUCCGGCCCCUUGACACGCCCUGCGGACACACCUACUGCCAGGAGUGUCUGACCAGCUUCCUGCUGGAGAGCGACUUCUGCCCUGUGUGCCGCGCCGCCCUCAUGCUGCAAAGCUGCCGCAAGCCCAGCCUGCUAGUGCACAAGCUGCUGGACAAGCUGACCGUGGCCUGCCCCUUCACCGAGCACUGCAGCCACACCAUGGCCCGCGGUGAACUCCACGACCACAUCAAGAGCAGGUGCAAAGGGGCGUCUCAUUAUGGUCUGUCGGCGGACAGGAAGCGGCGCUCCCAGGAGGGCGACUGCACCGACAGCACGUCGGAGCUCACGGUGGCCACCUUGCCGUGCGACGGCCCCGCGUCGGCCGCCGCCGUGGCGCUGCUGGCCGACGACCCCGGCCUGGUGAACCCUGCCUUCGAGCCCAGCAUGGAGGACAACAGCCAAUCGGGAAGCACCAGCAGCCUGGCCGCGCGCAGCAGCAGCAAGAAGAUCAGGAACUUCGACCGCUCGUCAGUGAGGAGCCGUUCCUUCCGGCGGCUGAACCGGGCGUUCAGCGUCCUGCGGAGGACUAAGAGCGGGAACGCCGUCAGCAAUGAGACCACCGAAGAGCGGGAUAAUGUCCGCAAUGCCGGGAGCCCCCAGGAAGUGCUGGCUCUACCCCAGCUCCAUCACCUGAUCCCUGACGGGGAGCUCACAAGCAUAAAGAUUACCCGGGUGGACCCUGCCGACCCCCUGGCCAUCAGCAUCGUUGGGGGCAACGAGACCCCGCUGGUGCGCAUCCUGAUCCAGGACAUCUACCGCGAGGGGGUGAUCGCCCGAGACGGACGCCUGCUCCCCGGGGACAUGAUCCUCAAGGUGAACGGCAUCGACAUCAGCAACGUGGCCCACUGCUUCGCCCUGGCCACCCUCAAGCAGCCCUGCACCCUGCUGCGGCUCACCGUGCUGCGCGAGCAACGCCACCGCUACCGCGCCCACUCCCACGGCCACGCCCACGACGCGGCCGGGGGCGGGGCCUACCCCGCGCCCCACAACCACCACUCGGCGUCCUCGCCGCCGGGGCGGGACGACAGCGUGCACGUGGUGCUGAGCAAGAACGCCCCCGACGAGCAGCUGGGCAUCAAGCUGGUGCGGCGCCCCGAGGAGCACGGCGUCUUCGUCUUCCACCUGCUGGAGGGCGGGCUGGCGGCGCGCGACGGCCAGCUGUGCGUGGGCGACCGCGUGCUCGCCAUCAACGGGCACGACCUGCGCUACGGGGCGCCGGAGCACGCCGCCCUGCUCAUACAGGCCAGCGAGGAGCUCGUCCACUUCAUCGUGUCCCGUCAGAUCUGCCUCCCCACCCCGGAUAUCCUGCAGGAGGCCCCCUGGGGGAUGGAGGGCCCCCCACCCUACUCCCCCGUAGACCUGGAGCCCUCAAUACUGGACUCGUGCCAGAAGCCCGCGUGCUACGAGAAGACUGUGACACUUACCAAGGAGCCCUACGACUCGCUGGGCAUGACGGUGGCGGGCGGGAUGUCCAGCCGGGGCUGGGACCUCCCCAUCUACGUCACCAACGUGGACCAGGACGGGGUGGUGGGACAGGAGGGGUCCAUCCGCAAAGGUGACAUCCUGUUGAACGUGAACGGCCUGGACCUGACGGGGGUGACCCGCAGCGAGGCGGUGGCAAACCUGAAGAACACCACGUCCCCCGUGGUGCUGAAGGUGUUGGAGAUGCGGCCCCCCGAGGACUGCCAGCCGGAGUGCACCCUGCCCCCCUGCCUAGCCCCCUCGCCCACCGACAGCAGCAAGAGCCCCCUGCCUAGUGACGACCACUCCCCGCUCUGGGUGUCAUGGCUGCAGCUGCCCAGGCACCUGCACUGCUGUAAGGACAUCAUCCUGCGCCGCAGCACCUCCGGCAGCCUGGGCUUCAGCAUCGUGGGGGGUCUGGAGGAGGUCAACUGCAACCAGUCCUUCUUCAUUCGCUCCAUCGUCGAGGGCACGCCGGCCUACAACGACGGCAGGAUCCGGUGUGGAGACAUCCUGCUGGAGGUGAACGGGAAGAGCACGUGGGGCAUGACGCACACUGCCCUGGUGCGUCUCCUUAAGGAGCUGAGGGGGAAGAUCACCCUGACCAUCGUCUCCUGGCCCGGCAGCCUGCUGUAGCGGACCCUCCGGCCCCCAUCCCCGACCCCCUUUACCCCCUUUACCCCCCCGGUGGUCCUAGUAGCCACCACCCCGGAACGUGGAGGGGCGGAGUUUAAAGACUGACCACUUGAGUGGGAGGGGCCUAGAAACAAAUUGACAAGCACGGACUCCUGAUGACGGACAGGCCAUGAUUUGCCUCAGAGUGGAGCUUAAAAGGGAGGCGGGGCCUAUUGUGGAACUCUGAGCAGGGGAGGAGCCAGUUGGGAAAGGAAAAAACUACUGGAAGCCUGUUACCCGAGUUAGAUUGGCCCUAUUUCCCAGGAUGCAAUGCGGAAAUAGGUGUGAGGCGCUGGUUGGGCCCUAUCCACGAGGAUGACUGGACGAGCUGGAGGAGGGGAUCGCUGUUUCCCCAGACAUGGAAACCCAAUGACUCAGGUGGAGGUUUUGGUCUGGGGGACACAAAAGUUGCCAAUUUCAGUAGUUCCUGCGUUUAGGGUAUGCGUUAUGUUCUGCUCACAUUUCCUUAACUGUAAAAUGUUGGGUGUCAAAACAAAAAAAAUUAUAUAUAUAUAUAUAUAUUCUGAUCCAAGCGCUUGUAAGAUGUUAUUUUUUUCUCGUUUGUUCGUCGGUUGGUUUGUUGCUUUGGCCUUUUUAAUGCGGGGCUGUUAUGUCGGCACGGACAGUGGUUGUUACGUUUUGUCGGGCUGAGAAACACAUUGCCAAGUAGUUUGUCUGUGUUGAGAUGUCGCUUCAUCGUCACACCACUGGCAAAGUAAAAACUAAAAAGAAAUAUAGGAGAAAAAAAACGAUAGAGUAUUAGUGUGUUCAUAAUCUGUAAAAAAAGAAAAAAAUAUAAGAAAUACAACAUUUAAGGUGACAUCUUGGAGGCCUUACUAAUUUUCCUACUUUUGAGAAGAAAACUAAACUGACUUGGUUCGUGUGUGUGUGUGUGUUUUCUUGGAUGUGUUUGGUGCACAUCUGCCACAGCCAUCUGUUCCACCGCAGCCUGUGUAGAUUAUCUGAUGGUACUUUGGGUAAAAUAAUCAAUAAAGUCGUUUGAAAAUGAA